GAACAGUUCUAGAACGGCCCGAAGGAAUCCUAAGGCCUCGGGAAGUGACCUAUUCCGUAGCAAGUUUCCCCUGGCCUCUGAGGUCCUCACGCUCAAGCGUUUCUCAUGGGAAACAUAGUCAAGAGAGGCAGCCGGGAGCUGGCCGCUGACGGGACCACGUCCCCGGAGAGGGCCCCCCGCGAAGUGCUCCACGCCCGGCUCUACGAGGCCAUCAUGACAGAGGACUGCGCGGCCAUCCAGGACCUGCUGCGCAGCCACCCCGUCAACCAGCCCCUGACGGUCCUGGCCAAUUCAACCAGCUGCGGGCUGCUGCUGACGCAGGACACCUGUAACGGCCUUGGGUUUUUCCCGCUGAAGCAGACGCAGUCCAUCAUCCCCAUCCACCUGGCCGCCGAGCACCGCAAGGCCCAGAGUCUGCACUGUCUGCUGGAGCACGGGGCUAACCCGGAAGUACGGGACACGCGAGGCCUCACCACGCUCCACCUGAUGCUGCUGCACUGGCCCAUCACCUCCACCGUGCAGACCAAGCCGGGGAACAGGAUCCAGCGGCUGCUGGCGGACAUCCAGAACAACGCCGUGGCCUGCCUCCGCAUCCUGUGCGAGCACGGAGCUCAGGUGAACGCGCGGGUGAACAACAGCCACAAGCACUCGGCGCUGCACCUGGCCAUCCGGUACGGCACCUACCCGGUGCUGUCCAUCCUGGCCCAGAACGGCGCCCAGGUGAACGCCGUCAACGAGUCCAACAUGACGCCCCUGCACAUGGCGGCGGACAUCCUCAACAAGGAGAUGAUGGAGACGCUCAUCGCCUGCGGGGCCAACGUCAACUACGCGGUUCCGGCCACCGGGAACACGGCGCUGAAGCUGGCGGUGUGCGCGGCGUCCGGCAAGGCGGGCCGCGUGCUGGCGGCGGGCCUGGGCUGCAUCCGCCUGCUGCUGGCGCGCGGGGCCGAGGUCAACGUGCGGGACCACAAGGGCCAGACGGCCCUCCACGAGGCGUGCUUCGCGGGCAGAGAGACCGUCAUCGACCUUCUGCUCGAAUUUGAAGCCGACAUCAACACGCUCACCAAGAACGGCGAGUCCCCCCUGCACAUGUACCUCCAGCGCAGCUCCAACAUCAGGGACACGGCGCUCCUCGCCAAGCUGCUCUCCCGCUCCUACCCCCUGCGGCUGACCAACAGCCAGGGAACUCUGCCCGCGGGGCUCAUGCUGUCCGAGUUCAGCCUCCUGCGGGAAUCCCUCAUCAAGCUGUCCCAGAAGCCCUUCUCUCUCGAGGACAUCUGUAAGCGAAGCGUCAGGAAUAUCUACGGGGAGAGGCACAAGCAGCGCGUGAAGCGCCUGCUCCCGGAGAAAGUCUGGAGCUCUGUGUACGGGCGCUGCGACCUGGCUGGCCUCUUGAAAUAA